CUGACAAGAAGAUGCAACCAAAGAAGAAUCCGUCUACCACUGCUAAAAACAAAAUUAACCAACUACUUAAGAGUAAAGGUAACAAGAAGGUACUUUCUGAGUCAAAUAAAAAUGGAAAUAUAAAUCAUUCUCAGGAUGAAAAAGUCAGCAAGAAAAAGAAGAUACCUAAAAAUAAAAGUAAAAAGGAGAAUGUGUCGGCAGCAGUUAAAGGUACUAAAAAAAGUCAAUGUCAGCCACUCAAGGCAAGUAAGAAAAAGAUUUUCAGUACCAAGAAGAAAACUUUCUUGAGCGACAGUGGUACCAAGGCCAGCAGCGUAACAGAGAUGCCGUCAAAAACAAAGACGAAAGUCACAAAGAGUUCAUCAAGCUCAUCAUCCAAACACAAGACUAUGAAACAUGGACUAUAUAUUCAGAAGGAAGAAAAUAUAUAUGAGUCUGACACGGAUGAUUCAACAUCAGAUGUAGUAGUCAGCAAAGAUAAUUCUGAAAGCAUUUCACAAUCUCCAGUAUCUCAUGACUCCCCUAAGAGAUCUCCAGAUUUGACAUUAUCACCACAACCUUCUCCAAGUCCUAUUGCUGCUCAGGAAAAUGCACCCAAUAGAGAGAUAACACAUAAUAAAGCAAUUACCAGAAAAAACACUGAAAAAGUCACUGAUUCUUUGGACGGUAGCAGAUACAAUAGGGAAACUUCUAGAGAUGGAGCUGAAGAAACUACCAAUCUUUCAGAAACUGUUAAGGAGAGAGUCAUGCAGCUGCUGAACUCUAUGGAUGAAGACCUAUGGGUACAGUGUAAUGGAUGCUAUAAGUGGCGCAAGUUGAUACAAAUCACUGAUCCAGCUACACUUCCCGAUAAGUGGUACUGUACAAUGAUGCCUUUUCCUGGGAGGAAUACUUGUGAAGAACCAGAAGAGGAGUGGCAAGAAACAGAUGGCCAAUAUAUAUACUAUGACCGCCAGUUUGUUGUAGGUUCAGUGGUAUGGGCUCAGGUUCCUGGAAGCCCCUGGUGGCCGGCCAUGGUAGAUAUUGAUCCUGACUACAAGAGGUAUGAUUGGUUCAACCUUACAUGGACCCAUCCUACAUCAUACCAUGUAACAUUUUUUGGUGAUCCUGUGACACGAGCCUGGGUCACUUGCAGGAACAUCAAAAUCUUCAAGCAAAGUGAUACUUACAGGAAAUUCCUUGAUGAUAGGAAGAAGGACCCAAUUAGAGACCUCGUACUACGCAAGGCAGUGCAAGAGGCAUGUCAUGCCAUCUCCAUGGAAAUCCAGCGCCGCAGGAAGACCUAUACGUUUGUUGCCAGAUUUCCUAAUAGGAUUGGGAAGUCACCUGACAAUAGUCAUUCAGAAACUCAUAAUGAGAAGAGGUCAUCCAUCAAGAGUACUUUGACACAGUGGAAACAGCAGAAACAAGCAAAACCGUUACAUUCCACAGCAUCCACCAUUACUGGCCAGCCUAAUUCACCUAAGGUGAGAGAUACUAGUAUUGUGAGUGAUUAUAACAAGAAUGUACAAUCUGAAUCAUCCCACAAUAUUAUAAAUGCUAAAAAUACAGAUAUCAAAGAAAAAGAUUGUAGACGUGCAAGAAAAAAACAAAUUUCAGAUGAUAAACCCAAUAAAUGUAACUCCUCGGGGAAAAAAGUAAGAAAGAUUAAAGGUGUGAAUAGUACAAGCAAAGAGAUAACUUUCAAGAUGAAAUGUUGUAAUUUAGGCGACCAUAGUGCAGAUCAACAGGAUAGUGAUAGUUCCGAUAAUACUAGUGACAGGGCACAGAAUGAUGAUGAAUACUAUAUCACAAAAACGUCCAAUAGAAAUGAUGUGGAAAGUAGCCCUGGCAAUGAAAAAACUUUAGAAAGCGAUGAAAAUAUUGGUAACAAGUGUGCUAUUUCUCAAAAACAUUUCAUCAUUAAUGAAGCAAAAGGAACUAAAGGAAAUGGUUCAGAGAAAAGAAGCAAAAUCAGUUAUAAUGAAAAAGAAAAGCCUGAAAGCGGUCCAACCUUGAAGAGUAAAACCAGUCACAUGAUGUCACACGGAGAAUACGGUAGUUCGGAUGAAAAUGAGGAACAGUUUGAUUCUCCUACUUCUGAUUGUGUAGGAAGAAACCUCAAGGAAGAUGACUCACUUGAAGGAAAAAGUGACAAUAUGAGCUAUGAUGAGGACACAGGUGAUGACCAAAAUGAUACAGAUGAGAAAGAACAUAAUCAGAAUUCCCCUGAUACUGCAUGUGUUGACAAAAAAUAUAAUAAUGAAAGUAGUCCUGAAGAAUAUGACAAUGAAAUACGUCAUGAACAACUUCAAAAGGAAGGCAGCUGUAAAACACAGGCAUGUAAUAACAACUAUACUGCAAAUAAUGAGGAACAGGAUCAUAGUGAUUAUGAUCAGGAUGACAAUGAAGAUAAAUGUGAAGAAUUUGAGGAUAUGGAAUAUGAUUAUGAAAAAGAUAAUAAUAAUGAGAACCUAGAAAUUGGAAAAAAAUGUAUAUCACAGAAAAACUAUGAUGAUGAAGAGGGUGAUGAACAAUAUAAUGAGGAGAUUUAUGAGGAACAAGACAAUGAAGAUGAUUGUGAGUCACAAAAAGACUAUAAUAAUGACAGUGAUUAUGAACGGAAUCAUGAAGAGACUUAUGAAGGUAAUGACAGUAGAGGUCAUUGUGAAGUUCAGAAUUAUGAAGGUAAUGGUGAUGAUGACGAUGAAUAUGAGGAUGACUAUGAUGAACAAGAUAACACUGGAUAUGAAGAUAAUAAAGGAAAUACGGAGAAACAAAAACUCUUUAAAGAACAAGAUAACAAAGCGUGUGAAGACAGUGAAGAUGAGAAUUAUUACUUAGGGCAUUAUAAUCAAUGUUCUGACGAAGGUGAAAGUGACUGAAAAAAACCACUAAAAUGAAAAUACACUGAUGACAAGGAAUACAAUUGUGAAGAGCAAGGCAGACAAUAACAAUGAGCAAAGAGAAGCAAGAUACGUAUUUCCUUUGAAAAAUAUGACCAGCUAUGGAAAAAGCAUACAUUUGAAGAACAGAUAUUAAAGACUUGCAUAAAUGUUGCUACGAAAACUUUAAAUGAAUUGCUCUAAACAUUUACAAAUAAUUCAGUGAUAGUGGAAGGAAGGAAAUCAUUAUAAACCUUGUAAGAAGUAAGUCCUUAGAAAACACGAAGAUUUAUGAGGUCAGUGAUACGUUUAGAAUGAAGGAAGAUCAUUUUGUAUUUUCUAAGAACGAAGGCAGUGAAAAAGAUCAGUGUCACCUUUGAUCAAUAACAUGU